GCAAAUUAUUGCUUCAGCUUGCUGCUAGUAUUAGAUUACUGUUUUGGUGAAUUGUUUGCUUGCUUUUGAGUUGAUCGCGUUGCGGUUACACUGGUGAAUGCACACGCUUUUAGCCCCUCUUUGUCCAGUUUUCUGUUGCUCUGGAUAGUGCAUAAUUGGGCGGCGCGAUGGGACUGAUAGCAACGCGUAGGCAGGUGCCGGGAUUGAUUGCAUCGCAUGAGACAAGGGGGAAAGAAACAUACGAGGAAUAUGUUUUUCUUUUCCCACAAUGGUGUCACCAAAAUCUCGGGCCCGUUCCGGCCUAAUACGUCCUUUUUUUUUUUCUAUCUGCAUCUGUGAUCAGCGAUAGGAGACUGCUCAUCAACUGCUCCACUUCGCUAGAGAGAGGGCAAACAGAGGACACCUGCAUGCCCAUAGAUGAUGCUAGCAUACCCCGGCGUAGCACACCGGCAGAUUGGCCAUUGGAAAUCGUCGCCCCAGUUCCCAGCUAUUCCAUGCACGCAGGGACCACUGGGGCACCACGUUUUUCAGGCCAGGGCACUGUGCUGCUUCGACGCUGAACAUCUUUCAGCAUGGCGACGCGCAGAAUCAGAGUUUGUUCCGUGGAGUGGUUGCUGGUUGGUAGUAGUGCGGUGGCUCAAAGCCGCCAGCCAUCACGGGACUAUGAUUUAGUUGGUCCUUAGGGCUUUUUCCUAUGGAAUGAUCAGGUGGCGGCUUCGUUACGAGAACUGCCAAAACCGUCGGCUUCCAUCAGGCAUGCGGAGGCAUCGGCAUCGGUAUCGGAAGAGAGAAUAGAAGAUUCAAACUAGCGACCUUUCUAGCCUUUUUUAGCCUCAAACGCCAGCCAAGUCUGAAAGUGACGAGGACUAUAUAUUCUUAAAAAUCUGGGCCCAGCUGUUACUUGCUCCUCCUACAAAUCAUUUCAGAAAUCAGAAGCCUGAAGCUAUAGCCUGUUGACGCUGCGGUAUGCAUGCAUAGUUUUUGGUUUUGCAUGUACCACGCCACGCGUAGUUGCAAUAAUUCCAGCUAGGUAUCAGAUCAGCGCAUCGGCACGUUUAGGUGAGCGAGAAUGGUGCGCUGGAUUUGACAGGACCUAGCACGCUGGCCACGCCUUCAGCAAUCAAUUCCGAUAGGGAAAAACAAAGUAGAUGAAAUGAUCACGAAAUCUUUCAACCCCAUCUAGAAGUGCAUUUCCGAUAGAGAAAAAACUAGACGAUGAAAUGAUCACGAAAUCUUUCAAGUUUCAACCCCAUCUAGAAGUGCAUCAUCAUCAUCCUCCUCCUCUCAGUUAAUGGACGACAUGUGCGACGAGCGAAGACUUAAAAAGAGUGGAAGCCAUCGACGUGUCAACUCCCAGAUUGGAUCGCCGAAGCUUCUACUGGCUUACAUGCGGGGCCCGCGUGCGCCAACGCACACGGGAUGUGCGUGCCAUUCACAUGUGCGCCGUGCGGGCUUAGACCCUUCGCCGGGUUGCUUCCACGAUUAUAAUCAAGCCCCGUCAUCAUCGGCUGAUCGCGCCCAUUGAAUAGUACAGUACAUCACGCACCAAAUCUCAUUAUAUAUCUAAACAAAUCACGCAACAAAUCUAUCUUUUUCUGGGAGUAUAACUAGCUAGGAAAACAAAUCUGAAAAUAGUUCUGACCAAGUCAAACCAGGCCCGGUGACGGGCCCACGGGCCAUGGCAACAACGCCACCAGCACGGCCUUUUCGGGUGGCGCGGGCGCGGCCAGGAUUUGACCGUUCGGUCGGCGGCGCGGGGGCGGGCGGGCGGCGCUCGAUGGGAACCAGACGACGGCCGGGAUGCUCCCGUGCUCCACAAGCCAUAUCGCGCCCCCACUGCUGGCCGCGCCCCAAACACGAACACGAACAGGCCCCCAGACCGGACGGACCGCGCCCACGAGUCACGACUCGCGACCACGAGGUUUCCAAAAAUUCUCCGUCCUGGCCUGUAACCUGUUGCCAACCAAGCGGCCGCGCGACACGGACACGGACACUGUGACGCGCACGGGCGCGGCCGGCGGCCCCUCUGCCCUGCCUGCUUCACCCGGCCGCCGGCCGCCAGAUGUCGCGCGCGUAAGGGGGACCCUCCCGCCCGCGCGCUGCCGUGCUGCGCUUGCGUGGCUGGCGGGCCGGCGUGAUGGACCAAGACUUGGUGCGCUAGCAAGUAUUAUAAUAGGCUGUAAGCUGGCUAAAUACUGAGGUGGAGAGGAGAGAGAGGAGAAGCGGGCUGUAAGCUUACAGCCAGCUUAGGCACAGGAACGAAGGAACUUUGUGAGAGAGAUAAGUGAGCCAUAUAUUAAUAGUGAAUAGCUAACUAUUUUAUAGGUGGGUUAGGAGAAGGCUAUAAAAAAACCUUACAGACAGCAAAUACUUGCUCUACCUGUGCCCUCCGCACGUUGGUCGAUCGUUGCUGGGGCGGAGUUGGCGUUGGCGUGCCGUGUAGGACGGAGCGAGGCUCCGGCGAGACUUUCAGACUUGGCAGGUUUACUGUGCUUGCCAUUGUUCACCCGACGUUGAUUAGUCUUGAGCUUCACCGUCACCGAUGGCGUGUCAGCUGCAGUGGGUUCACAGGAGAGAAUUACAAGGUCAAGCUGUUGACCGUUGCGAGGCCAAGGGCGCAAUGUAACCCUGCAGCAAGCUUGUACAAAUCUGCUAUUUAUGAGUUCUGAUAGCACGUGUGCGCCUAACUUUUCCAGCGCCCUGGUUUGUUAAGCGGUCCAGGCUUCCAGUUUUUUUUCUUUUAGCUGCGGGUUUGACUUUGGUUUAAAUUAGUGUUAGUGGUACAGCCACCGCAUGAUUCCAAGAGAUCCUUUCCUUGAUCACAUCUUCAUCAUAUAAGGUUGUCUUUUGCACUCUAUUAGUUUUUAGCUGGUCAAUUCUCUGGACAACUCACAACGCGGGAUCGGAGAGAUACUCCAUACAGAUGAACUUUCUUCGCGUCAAACAUGCAUGCAUGAACUUGAUUCACAAGAAACCCAAUUACUUGAUAAUAACGGAAAAACACAUGAGUAUUCUCCAAUGUACACGAUCAACGUUGGUUAGUAAGACGAGGGGGGGAUAUUUUAAUAAAUACGGAAAUUUCCUCAUGCCAAACCUGUUGCUAUCGGUAGAAGCCUGUUUAUUAGUGUCUGCUCUUUUCCUGGAAAAGAGAACUGCAGAACUGACCAACCAGGUUCUGCAUAUGAAGGAAAGGAAAGAAAUGGCACAUUAUUUAAUCUGUCCUCUUCUACUAGCUCGGUCGUUCGUCGUACAAGAAAGCUCUGAUUCAUCGUCCAUAUGCAUGCAGAAUAAAAUCCACGGAUAGUAUAUGGAUUAAAUAAACUCCAAUCAUAAAGUUCUGGCUGCAGAGAUGUAAUUUUUUUUAAUGAAAUCUCUAUCUACUGUAGUAGGAUAUGGCGUGGUCAGUUCGUAGUGGGGUUGGGUCGGUCGUCCACCCAGCCGCCCAAAACUCUGAAGUUGAGGACGAUGCCUACAGUGCCACAUCUCUUCACGAAUUCAAGUCCGCACAGUGCACGUUCAUUUUAUGGCACAAGUACACGUACUGUGGCCAAUUGAUAUACUGUGUGCUCCGUAUGUACAGCAUCAGUUGACGGCCCAUUCCUUCAUCCAGGGAGCCAACACACCAGUAUCCUCCAAUCCAUGUUUCACGAAACCUGCAUCGAUCGAUCACGAUGCCUCGAAAAAAAAACGUGUUCCUCUGCCACACACACACACACACACACUAGUUCUCCUAGUCAUCAGUCAUCAGCGGACCACUCAAAGCACAAGUUUCCUUUUUAUCAAAGGUACCAAAGAAAACGUCAGGCACUGCUGCCAGCCAGCCUGCCACGCUCUGAUCGGGUGAUGGUACUGUAGGAGUACUCCGGAACGUCUGAAAAAAUAUUUUACCACACCGUCAUCUCACCUAUCCGGUCGAAUUGUUUUUUAGAAACCAAUAGAACCAUGCAAGCUCAGCCAAGAGCUUUGCACGUUUUUUUAAGCGUAUAGUAUCAUGCAUGGCCCGUGGCAUCGGUCGUGGGACUUGGACAGGGCGUCGGAAGUCCAGUGGCGCAACGCAAGCACGGUCGUCACGCACGGCAUGAUCGGGUUCUAGAAAGCGGACGCGAGGGAUCGAUGGGAUGACCUGCCACUGCCACUCCCGCCACGAAGUUUACAGGGCGCUAAUGGACCUAGUUUAUGCGCGGGAAAAGUCCCUUUCGGUCGUUAAGCCUUAGUUAGAGGGGAGGCGGCUUCAUGUCAACUGCUCCCUGCCCGAGCGCAGCCGCUUGCUUGUCCGCAAGUUGACCCCCGGCGGCUUAUAGUUGUUAACGGAAGCUUUGUGCGUGGCUUAUCGUGUGGAUUAGGAGCAGCUCCCUGACAAGAUUCUCUACUGGUAGAAUAAUAAUAGGGGCCGGGCCCGGAUAUUAUACACGUCAACUUGUUCUGUUUUAGCGUGAUCGCAAGCCUAGCCUGCCGUGAUUUCGAAUCGAAUUCAAAAUGGUGGAGCCUACGUGCGGGCACAGCAAAAGUCAGCAAGUCAGAGAUCCUAUUUUCCGUAAUGGUACAAUACAAUACAUCCUUGUGUGAUUGCCGUGCAAGUCAUGCAAAUCUCUCCCACUUUUGUUUUCUUUUUUUUUUCCUAGAACGGUUUAUGAUCAAGACGUGGAGCUGUUUAAAGCACGAUGAGCACAUAGCAGGGUAAUUCAUGCAUAGUAAAUAAUAUUACUGUUCACUGAUUUAUUGUUACAAAAAAUAUUGUUGAAUGACUGGCUGAUACGGACGUGUAGAACAACCGAUGAAAAAAACAUUCCUUAGCACUUUGCUCAGCUGAUUAAGAUGUUUAUACCUAAAAAAACAUAUAUCCUACUUGCCGCGCCCUAUAUAAUCAUCAAUUCAUCAUAUCCCUGUAAUAUAUAUUUUGGCUUUUAAAAAAGUCUCUGCAAUAGCGGCUAUAGAUGGUGUUGCCUUGGAACUGGAAGCUUAAGCACGAAGGGAAGCUUUUCUUGAUCCCUGAAUAGGAUGUGAAGCCUUUUCUCAGCCAGGAAAAGAUUAAAGAUUUAAGGAGCAGCGCAAUCACAGUACUCCUUUGCAUCAACAACACCAUGCAGAUAGACCUGAGGUUUAACAAAUCAGGACCCACGCGCGCGAAAAAGGAAGCAUCAGUCACCCAUCCGUUCUGGCUUUCGGAUCGGAAGGUUCAAGAUGGAUGGAUCUCCUCCGCCCACGACACGAAGCAGACGCCGCCGGCCGGGGCCGGGCCGGCACCGGCGCCCCAGGCACCAAACCGCCGGAAACAAAGGCUUGUUUAGUGGCCGCCGCGAAAGCGAAACCCCUCGCCGCCCGGCCCCCACGGCACGCGCACGGAGGCCGCGCGGCCGCCCGCUCCCGUCCAUCCUUGACUAGCGCGCAACCUGAUUUCUCCGCGAUUUGCUAGGAUGAUUAGCAAGGAAAACGGGGUCAAAGAAAUCCAAACAAGUCCGGCGCGCGUUAGCCCCAUCCGCUUGUCGAUUUUCUCUGUCCCGUCAAGUGGGGCGGAGCAGAGAUGAGAUCCACAGAAGCUUCCACGGGGACGGACAGUCAGAGAGGGGAGGAGCGUCACUAAAUUCAUUAUUCCCAGGCCCUGCUUAAUUAGUGAUUCUGCGGCAGAUUCGGCCAGGAGGCUUAAUAAUCAUUCAAAGAACAGAAACCCAAUGCUAUUGCUGGCUGGCACGCAGGCGAGCGGAGCACGCAGUCACGAAAGUCUUCGAGCUCCACCUCUCCCUUGCCUGUCUCUCCUACAAACGGUGCCGUCUCCCCGUCGUCCUCACCAACUCCCCCUGCCAGAUUUUAAGCGCCAUAUAGCCAACGAUCCACUUCUUCUCCCUUCCUUUCCGUCGGCGUUUCGCUUCCUCCUCCUCCUCCACGGCCUGCGGAAGCUGGCGCCUGAUGAAAAUCCAAUCUUUAAUGCGCCAGUCACCCUAGUUACUCCCAGGCGUCCACAACUCGGCCAACCACCGGCGCCUCCCAACUCCUCCUCCUCGCUUGCUUUUACCUGCCAAAACCCAAACUCGUCUUCCGUCAGACUCGACUCUGCUCGUCUCCCUCCCUCCCCUGUUCGCUCACCCGACCGAACACGGCGACCGUCGCCCGACCCAGACCCGCCGCUCCGAAACCCGACUUUCGCGCGCGCGCCGGGAGCGGCAUGCUCGGGAACGCGGGGGCUGGGACUCCGCGGCGGCCCACGCUAGUCUGACGCCGCGCUCGGUCAGCAGCGCCCCACGCCUCGCGCUCGCCCGCCAUGGCCGACGACCACGGGUCGUCGCGGCACAUGUCGGCGUCGCAGAAGGAGCUGGGCGACGAGGACGCCCGCGUGGUGCGCGUGGGCGACCCCGCGCGCACCAACGAGCGCCUCGACCUCGCGGGCAACGCCGUGCGCACCGCCAAGUACUCGCCGCUCACCUUCCUGCCGCGGAACCUCUUCGAGCAGUUCCACCGCCUCGCCUACGUCUACUUCCUCGCCAUCGCCGUGCUCAACCAGCUGCCCCAGCUCGCCGUCUUCGGGCGGGGCGCCUCCGUCAUGCCGCUCGCCUUCGUCCUCCUCGUCACCGCCGUCAAGGACGCGUACGAGGACUGGCGACGCCACCGCUCCGACCGCGCCGAGAACGGACGCCUCGCCGAGGUCCUCUCCCCUGACGCGCACGGGGGCGGCGCCCAGUUCGUCCCCACCGAGUGGAAGCACGUCCGCGUCGGCGACGUCGUGCGCGUCGUGUCCGACGAGUCGCUCCCGGCGGACAUGGUCCUCCUCGCCACCAGCGAACCCACCGGCGUCGCCUACGUGCAGACGCUAAACCUUGACGGCGAGUCCAACCUCAAGACCCGCUACGCCAAGCAAGAGACGCUGUCCACGCCGCCCGAGCGCCUCGCCGGGGCCGUCAUCCGCAGCGAGCGCCCGAACCGCAACAUCUACGGCUUCCAGGCCAACCUCGAGCUCGAAGGGGAGACCCGCCGGAUACCGCUAGGUCCGUCCAACAUCGUGCUUCGGGGCUGCGAGCUCAAGAACACGGCAUGGGCCGUCGGCGUUGUGGUGUACGCGGGGCGGGAGACCAAGGCCAUGCUCAACAACGCCGGCGCGCCCAAGAAGCGCAGCCGCCUCGAGACGCACAUGAACCGCGAGACGCUCUUCCUCUCUGCCAUCCUCGUCGUGCUCUGCUCCAUCGUCGCCGCGCUCUCCGGCGUCUGGCUGCACACCCACGAGUUGGGGCUCGAGCUCGCGCAGUUCUUCCACAAGAAGGACUACCUGCGCCUCGACAAGGACAAUGACUACCGCGACUACAAUUACUACGGCAUCGCGGCCCAAAUCGUGUUCAUCUACCUCAUGGCGGUCAUCGUGUUCCAGAUCAUGAUACCCAUCUCGCUCUACAUCUCCAUGGAGCUGGUCAGGCUGGGGCAGGCCUAUUUCAUGAUCCGAGACACGAGGCUGUACGACGAGUCCUCCAAUUCGAGGUUCCAGUGCCGGGCUCUCAACAUCAACGAGGACCUAGGCCAGAUUAAGUGCAUAUUCUCCGAUAAGACCGGCACGCUCACACAGAAUAAGAUGGAGUUCCGGUGCGCGAGCGUUGACGGUAUCGAUUACAGUGACAUCGCACGGCAGCGGCCUCCUGAGGGUGAGCGGAUUUGGGCGCCAAAAAUAUCGGUGAACACCGAUAGGGAGCUGGUGAAGUUGAUCAGGGAUGGGGCUGAUACCGAGCAAGGGACGCAGACUCGGGAGUUCUUUCUCGCCCUGGCAACGUGCAACACCAUUGUUCCCAUGAUCGCCGAUGGUCCAGACCCUAAGAAGAAGGUGAUUGAUUACCAAGGCGAGUCACCGGAUGAGCAGGCAUUGGUCUCUGCUGCCGCGGCAUAUGGCUUUGUGCUAGUCGAACGAACAUCAGGUCACAUUGUGAUCGACGUCCUUGGUGAGAAGCUGAGAUACGAUGUCCUUGGUCUUCAUGAGUUUGACAGCGAUCGCAAGAGGAUGUCUGUUAUAAUUGGCUGCCCUGAUAAGUCUGUCAAGCUGUUUGUAAAAGGUGCAGAUAGUUCGAUGUUUGGAGUCAUUGACAAAACUGUGAAUUCAGAUGUUGUCCAAGCAACAGAGAAGCAUCUCCAUUCAUAUUCAUCACUAGGUCUGCGAACACUUGUCAUUGGUAUGCGGGAACUUAGCCAAGAAGAGUUUCAGGAGUGGCAAAUGGCUUAUGAAAAGGCUAGCACCGCACUACUAGGAAGAGGAAACCAACUCCGCAAUGUGGCUGCCAACAUCGAGACGAACUUGCGUCUAUUGGGUGCCACUGGAAUUGAUGACAAGCUGCAGGAUGGAGUACCUGAAGCAAUUGAGAAACUGAGGGAAGCAGGGAUUAAGGUUUGGGUGUUAACAGGUGACAAGCAAGAAACUGCCAUCUCCAUCGGCUAUUCGUGCAAGCUUUUGACAAGGGACAUGACACAGAUUGUAAUUAACAGUCGCUCAAGAGACUCAUGCAGGAAGAGUCUAGAAGAUGCAAUCGCCAUGGUUAACAAAUACCAAUCAUUCUCGACAGACCCCCAACUUAGGGUGCCCCUUGCUUUGAUUAUUGAUGGUAAUAGCCUUGUCUACAUUUUCGAUACGGAUUGGGAAGAAAAGCUUUUUGAAAUCGCUAUAGCUUGCGACGUCGUCCUAUGCUGUCGUGUAGCUCCCCUUCAGAAGGCUGGUAUUGUUGAUCUCAUAAAGAAGCGAACAAGUGACAUGACUCUAGCUAUUGGAGAUGGUGCUAAUGAUGUAUCCAUGAUUCAAAUGGCUGACGUUGGCAUUGGCAUCAGUGGGCAAGAGGGAAGGCAAGCUGUAAUGGCCUCAGAUUUUGCCAUGGGGCAAUUCAGAUUUUUGGUUCCUCUAUUGUUGGUCCAUGGCCAUUGGAACUACCAGAGGAUGGCCUACAUGAUCCUAUAUAACUUCUACAGAAAUGCUACUUUUGUCUUUGUGCUAUUCUGGUAUGUGCUUUACACUGGUUUCACCCUAACAACAGCAAUAACUGAGUGGAGCAGUGUGCUAUACUCUGUGAUAUAUACUGCUGUCCCUACUAUUGUUGUUGCCAUUCUCGACAAGGAUCUCAGCCGGCGGACAUUGCUGAAGUAUCCCCAACUCUAUGGCCCAGGGCAGCGUGAGGAGAAUUACAACCUGAGGCUAUUCAUAUUCAUCAUGAUAGACUCCGUCUGGCAGAGCCUUGCGUGUUUCUUCAUCCCCUACCUUGCAUACAGGAAGAGUAUAAUUGAUGGUUCCAGCCUCGGAGAUCUAUGGACACUAUCUGUUGUUAUUCUUGUCAACAUUCAUCUGGCAAUGGAUGUCAUCAGAUGGAAUUGGAUUACGCAUGCAGCAAUAUGGGGUAGCAUUGCUGCAACAUGGAUUUGCGUCAUGAUCAUAGAUUCCAUACCAACCAUGCCUGGUUUCUGGGCAAUCUAUAAGGUGAUGGGAACUGGGUUGUUCUGGGCACUGCUGCUUGCGGUAACUGUUGUUGGUAUGAUUCCUCAUUUUGCCGCAAAGGCUUUCAGUGAGUACUUCAUCCCCAGUGACAUUCAGAUUGCAAGAGAAAUGGAGAAGUUGCAAGAUUUCCAUGAUGUAACUCAUCCAGAAGUUCAAAUGAGUACAGUCAGUAGAGCUUAGGAUAGGAUUUACACAGUGAUCUUUUGUUCAUGAGUAGGUUAGCUCUACACCUUUCUUUGGUUCUUUUUGUUGUGUGUAUAGGCAAUUCUUUCAGCAGUGGGCAAGCUUUCUUGAUGCUUGCUCCCUUGCCAACUAUCCAAAGGAUAGGUCCGUUGUACCAUUCUGUGUAUCCACCAGCCAAAUUUUGUUGAUUUACAUGAAAGGAGAUCGUACA